CAAAUGAUAUUUUUUGUAUUCAUGCACUAGUAUCAACAGAUUCUUUUCACAUCACAUUUCCUUUUCUCCGAGAGGUAUGUCUUUUUUCUCUAAUUUCCUACUCUGAUCUACGCCACCCACAAAUAAACAAAUAUUAUAAAGAAACCAAUAAUGCAUCCUAUCAAGAAUGAUGCGACAAAAUUGUUAAAUUUUCAUCACUUGCGUCCCUUCCUUCUUUGUUGUCAAGUUGUCAACAGAUCCUUCAUCCCCUGCUCCUACAAAGACACCACCCAUCUCUCUGAACUUUACUCUUCAUGUGUGUCUCAGUGUGAGCGAGUGUGCGUGCGUGUGGGGAGAGACUGAGAAAGGGAGAACAAGAGGGAUGGCGAAAAGGCACUGUUACAAGGAUUUACUGCCUUUUGCGGCGCUGGUGACCAUGGAAUGCAACAACGUGGGACUGAAUACUCUGUUCAAAGCUGCAACAUUGAAAGGCAUGAGUUAUCAUGUCUUUGUCGUCUAUGCUUAUGCUGUUGCAGCGAUUGUUCUCCUCCCAGUAUCCUUUUUUUCCAGAAGGUCAAGGGUGCUUCCUCCACUCAGUUUCUCCAUAUUCUCCAGAAUUCUCCUUCUUGGGUUCAUCGGGUGUUCAUCUCAGAUCAUGGGGUACACGGGCAUCAGUUACAGCUCUCCCACACUUUCGUCGGCCAUAAGUAAUCUGGUCCCAGCUUUCACUUUCUUGCUUGCCAUUAUUUUCAGGAUGGAAACGAUUGCAAUAAAAAGUACGAGCUGCCAAGCUAAGGUAUUGGGCACUAUAGUAUCGAUUUCAGGGGCAUUUGUGAUUACUCUGUACAAAGGACCACCCAUCAUCAUCACUCAUGCACCUUCCUUUUCACUCCAUCAACCUCUUAACAUUCUGAAAUCAGUGGAUCGAAGUUGGGCCAUUGGUGGCCUUCUGCUCACAGCUGAGUAUAUACUAGUUACGCUUUGGUACAUUGUCCAGGUGCAAAUCAUGAGGGUUUACCCGGAUGAGUUAACCGUGGUGUUUUUUUACAACUUAUGUGUAAGCAUAAUGGCAGCAGUUGUAGGUAUAUUUACAGAGCCAAAUCCAGAUGCUUGGAAGAUAGGACCCAGUACAGCUUUGGCCUCCAUUCUUUGUUCCGGAAUUUUCGGGUCAUUCGUGAACAAUACAAUUCACACCUGGGCACUGCGCAUAAAGGGGCCACUCUAUGUAGCAAUGUUUAAGCCACUCUCAAUUGCCAUUGCUGUUGCCAUGGGGGUUAUCUUCCUGGGUGACACUCUCCAUCUAGGAAGUCUGAUUGGAGCCACGAUAAUAUCGAUCGGGUUUUAUACAGUAAUGUGGGGAAAAUCAACAGAAGAGGUGGAUGAAAAUGUUGACAGAGUGGAACCACCUACCGCAGAGAAUGUUCCACUCCUGCAAGGCUACGAAACUGAAAGAACUGAAAAGAAAAUGCAUGCAAAUGUAUAGAAGGGGAAUACAAUUGUAAUAUAGUUGUUCAUAGCUCUUAACAUCUUAAAUUAAGAAGACAUAUGCAGUCAAAGAACAGCAUAGUAUAAUGUAGCCCGCAGGGGGCCCAUUGUGUUGUUUCGUACGUCUAACUUGUAUAUUCCUCACCCUCCAGAGGAUGAAUGAGAUUGUGUCCUUUAAAUAAUGUUUUGCAAGUCGUCUUUGACGUUGACGGAAAGGUGGUCUCACAAUGGUCUCUGCUUAUUGGGAAAACUUAGGACACACAAAAUGCUUCUUGACAAACGGCUUUCCGUCAGAAAUGAGCUAGAAUUACCUGUUUCAAGUUUCCACAGAGGAAGGAGCAACCUUUCUGCGACUGUUGUUCACGAGCAAGCUGGCAUUUUUCUUUCUAUGGUAACAAGUCAUCUCGACUGUAAAGGAGAUGGAACUUUUGGAUAGAUUA